GGAUACCUGUUAUAAAAUCCUGGAAAUAGAGGUGAAUGAACAAAAGUCAUCACAUUUUUCCCAUAUCCAACCAGCCUCUACAAAUGUAUUGAAACCCUUGGUAACAAAUGAUAAAAUUAAGGAAAAUUGUAUAGCAAACACAUGCUUUUUUGAUGUGCCUACUGACCUUUCAUUAUUAAUUCAUGACUUUCUGUUUUUCAGGUCUAGAUUACUGCUUAACUGGAACUGUCUGACUUGACUGGAUGAAGGCUGAGCAUGUCUACAAAAAAACCCCACUUUGAGCCGAUCUGGUGUGGAAGAUGUGAUGAAUGUGUGGACCAGCAUCUCUCCUACACCGUGUUAAUGAUGGUGCAAACUACUAAGGAUGGCUGGGAAUCUGUGAUGCUGUGGGCCUGUUUGUUUUCCAAAGAAUCUGAGUAUCUGAUAUUAGAAAACAUGGUAUUAUUAAAUCUGAAAUAUCAGGUGAUUUUGAAUAAAAUGGGGUGGGCAUGUGAAUGGAUGUUUUUAACAGGACAAUAAUAAAAACCUAAGUGCUGUCCUGUUGGCAGAAUGGAGUUCAUAAAGUAGAGGGAAGGAGUUACUUUUUAAAGAGCUCAAGGUCAGCUUUUCACAUGUAUAUUCUUUAAGAAUGAAACCUUAUUUAAAAAAAUGUAGUUUAUUCAGGUUAUAAAAAACAGAAGUUAUCGCAAACCCACAAUAAAGCUGAUGUCAAAAGCUCAAAUGUGUAAACCUGAAGUAUAACGCGAGUGAUUUAAAUAUCAACAGAAUGCGUUACUUUACCUUUCAUCGCAGCUGUUAAAACAACCUGGGCAGGAGAAAUAAUAAUAAAACGACAUACAACCAAUCAGAGACGAGUUGUUUACCACUUCCUGGCACAUGGGCAGUUUAUCAUCCAGUAGAGAUGAACUAGACGCUCCUUUCUCUUCGUCACAGGUCUGAAGUAUCCAACCCCUGAGGAGUCAGACCCAGAGAGGAAGCAGAAAUCUGCUAAAUGACUGACAUUCCGUGGAAAUCAUGGAGAACCCGGCAAACAACAGCAAGCACGCUGACAGCACGGGAGACUGCGUCAUCUGCUUGGAGAGGAUUCAGAGGAAGAAAACGCUUAAGUGUCAGCACUCCUUCUGCUCGGAGUGCAUCGACUCAGUUUUCAGACUGAAGCCCGCAUGUCCGAUAUGCAACACCUUCCACGGAGUGUACACGGGGACCCAGCCGCAGGGCACGAUGACGGUGACCCGCAGCCUACUGAAGCUGCCGGGCUUCGAGAGCUGCGGCUCAAUCGUCAUCCAGUACAGUUUCCCAGGGGGGAUACAAGGGGCUGAGCACCCAAAUCCCGGCGUGAGGUACAGCAGCACCUCUCGUACUGCCUACCUGCCAGAUUGUGCAGAGGGACAGAAGGUCUUGAGGCUGCUAAGGAAAGCAUUUGACCGAAGACUUACUUUUACCGUUGGACGGUCGGCCACCACAGGCCUCAACAAUGUCAUUACCUGGAACGACAUUCACCACAAGACCAGCAUAAAUGGCGGUCCAGAGAGUUUUGGUUAUCCAGAUCCAGCGUACCUGUUCAGGGUUCAAGAGGAGCUUCGUCUUAAAGGUGUAACAGAGGAUGACUGAUUGUUCGAAAAUAUUUAUUUAGACAGACUUAGUGCUGCUCUUAAUAAAGUUCCCAGUUGCAAAUCUGCACUUUUCAACAGUGAUGUUCACCACGGAUACUUGAAGAUGUGUUUUUUUUUUUUUUUUUGUAUAUGACCUGGGCUAAACUGAGGGAGAAGUUUAGCUUUUCCAAAGAUUUUUUUCUGCUUUAUUCCUGUUAUGUAGCUGAUUUACUUUAAGCCAAUAAAGCAAGAGGAGUUUUGUAUUGAUUUCAUUAGUAUUACUUAUUAAACGCAUACAGCACUGUUCACAUUUGUUAGCAGUCUUGGUAAAAAAGUGUGAAAACUAAGCUAAUCUUAUGUCACCUUAUACUGAUCAUACCUUGAAAAACACACUGAAAAACAUCCUGUUUACCUCCCUGAGUUCUAAGUGUUUCAAGCAUCACUCAGGAUGUGGUGGAAAAGAGGCUUUCCUGGAACCUAUUUGCCUUGGUGGAAUGGCAUGUUUCCAUUUUGAAGAGUAAUUAGGAGAAAUGGACCUGUAUUUAUUUACCUAUUUAUUUGUAACUCCAACAAACAG